GAAUUUAACAAGACUAUAUAAUUAUAUAUGUUGUGUUUUGUGUUGGAGCGUUACAUGAAUCUCAUCUUUCGUGUGAUGUGAGGUAGAGGAAGAGCUGAGGAGGAAGAGGGAGGAGAAACAGGUACAGUAGGGGGUCGAGGAUCUGCGAGAACAGACGGGGCUGUGAUGCUGGUGAUAUGAUUAAACGUCUGCUAGAACGCAGGGAUCUGGAACAGAGAGGUAGUAAUCGAGAAACAGAGAGAGAUGGGGAGAAGAGAGAGGGAGGAACAGAGCUGAACCAGAAGGUAGCAGAGAAGACGGACUCUUGGGAUGGUCCAACUUUGUGAAAGAAAUCUCAUAUUUUCCUACAAAAAGCAACAACACCUAAAGUCUGAGGUAAGUUCUUUUUUUACUUUCACUUUGACAUUGCAUAAAGAUUUUGGUAAAAUGAUGUAAAAGCGCUUGUCUUUUUUUGUCUCUUGCAUUGUCAUUUUUGGGAUUUAACCAACGCUGCAGCAAGAUAUGAGAUUUCCAUGAUAACUUGAAUUAUUUUACUAGUUUUACCUUUGAAAAAUUUAACUCCACUGCAUGAAAACCCAACAGAAAAAUGUUAAUUUGUCUUCUGCAACUGUUCACUCUCAUAUUAUUGGGGCUAGUAUCCUCAUAUCUGUAUUUAUAGUGUGUUUAUUUAUAGUGCGAGUGUGAAGGAAUGCGACUGCAGUGAACAGGCUUCAAUUGGAAAGGUGCAGGGAGAGAAAGCGUGGGAGUGUUUACCCACAGAUGGCCUCUCCAUGGAGGGAUUGUGAUAGUCUACUGCCCCCUCCUCCUUCUGAGCCCAGCUGGCAUUACUCAUAUGGGACUCUUCCUGGCCAAAACAUUACCUCAUCAAUUUCUCUAAAACUUAUUUUCUCCUGCCAGAUAAUCAUUAUCCUUUUUUUUUUUUUAAUAUUCCAAGCCAUUUCCUCCCUCGUUCUGCUCUUUUUUUAAUUGCUCCCUGUUCUGUUCUGCCUUCCUGGUCUUUGUCGGAGCAGCCAAAUAAGGCUUUUGGCGGGAAAACAUUUAGGCCAUCUAUUUAUGCAGGUCUGUGCAGGAAGUCGCAUUGAUUCACAAUGUCAAACCAACUAUUUUGGUGUUGUUGGAGUUUGUGCAAAACUUCAACGAAUAGGAGAAUCAGUUGCAGCUUGGUAUUUUAAGAUCAGAUCUCUCUGACUAAGAGGCUGAAUCUGUCAAAGCUUCAAAUAUUUUCUUACAUGAACACUGUUACAAAACAAGACAUGCCACGGAGGGUAAAUUCACUUUACCUAAAGUAAAAACAAACAAGAUGAAAAGUACGGUAAUGUAUAGGGCCAAAGUGAUAUGGAAUGAUCUGCCAGGACAUACUAUCCAAGAACACCUUGGACUCGACUCGAGACUCGACUUGGACUUGAGUCCUGUUUUUGAUUUGCUUGACGAAAUCAAGAUAUGACUUGGACUCGCUUGGGACUUGAUUGCUGAAGACUUGAGACUUGACUUGACUUGAGCCCAGUGACUUGAAAAGUCAAGUCAAGUCACAAAUGGUUUAUGGCUUUGAUAUGACUUGUUUUUGACUUGAAAGAAACAAUAAGGACUUGGUUGGGACUCGAAACAAAAUUCCUAGGACUUGGACUUGAGUCCCGUUUUUGACUUGCUUGACGAAAUCAAGAAAUGACUUGGACUCGCUUGGGACUUGAUUGCUAAAGACUUGAGACUUGACUUGACUUGAAAAGUCAAGCCAAGUCACAAAUGGUUUAUGGCUUUGAUAUGACUUGUUUUCGACUUGAAAGAAACGGUAAGGACUUGGUUGGGACUCGAAGCAAAAUUCCUAGGACUUAGUUGAGACUCGAAAGAAAAAGUUCAGGACUUGGACUUGACCUGGGACUUGAGAGCAAAGGACUUGGACUUGCCUCGGUCUUGAGAGCAAAGACUUGAGACUCGACUUGGAUUUGCAACAUAGGGACUUUCCCCCACCUCUGGAAAAUACAUAUGGUAGGUUGUAUCUGAACAGGUUAGCUUACGAGCUAAAGUUACUUAGCACAGAUGAAAGUUAAAACAAAGACGUUUAGCAAACUGUUAAAGCAGACAAACCAUCGUCAUAUGAGAAAUCUGAAGCUAUGACUCUCCACAAGUUGUUGGGAAAACAUCGCUGAUGUGAACGCUUGUAUUGACGUCUGAAAUAAUCGGUGUAAAAGGACCUUUAAAAUCAAACAGUAAAAGAAAAUAAAUGUAAAAAAACUGGUAAUAAAACACAAAAUAGUAACUCUAGGACUAAAACAGCGUAAAAUCACAUAAUGCAGAUUAAAAGAUUAAAACAAAAUUAAACUAAAAGCCCGACUAAAAAGGUAGGUCUUAAGUUUACUGUUGUGUCAUAUGUGUAUGUUGUUUGUAUUGUUCUAGUUUUGUUGUUUUGUUUUGUUUUUGUCUUGUAGGCUGUUGCAAGUUUUGGUGGAUAUUGACGUUGUCUUUUUUGUGUCUUUGCACUGCAAUGGAGAACUAAUUGUAAAUGAAGACUCCAGGAAUCAUAACAAUGGCCUUAGCCAAAGCUAAUGGAGAUCUAAAUGAAAUAUCAAAAAGUUAAUUAUUCGUAUCUGAGGUUUUAGGGGCUUUUAAGAUGUCUGAAUUGCCUCACAAACUGAUUAUAGGUCAACCAAAUAAGAAACCGGAUGACUCAGGAACAAAAACAACAACAACAACAUUCAGCACGUUCGCACGGUGAAUCAAACCGGAGCUACAAGGUUCUUCUUUUUAUUGGGCUUCAGGUGGGGCUCCCUUUUGUGCGCCAGUCCACCCUAUAAUUAAACCUAAAGUAGAGCUCGCUGUCAGAUAAAGAGUGCAUCUUAAGGAUUUAUAACCAUCGCUUUGUCUGAACUUUGAUUCCGAGUGUUUGUUUCGGUGUCAUUAUCCUUUCAUUCAAGGCCCAGAACCUUUAGUGGAUACGCCUUCAUGGAACGACUUGAUAUACAGACCGUGAAUAAGCUUGAACGUUACCCUUCACGUUAAUGGAAGAGGGUCCAACAGGAUUUGAUGCGCUCGUUAAAGACUCAAAACAAGUCGAAAAUAACGUUGUAUGUUCUUGUGCUAACACAGAGCGAGUAGAAAUCAUUAGUGGCACAUUAAUAUUACUGCUACUAAUGCUAUAAAUGCUACUUGCUAUAUUGACCGCGUAUUAGCUUUACCCUUCACGCUGAUGGAAGAGGGUCCGACAAGAUUUGAUGCACUCGUUGAUGACUCAAAACAAGUCAAAAAUAAUGUCAUGUGUUCUUGUACUCACACAGCAUUCCGACAUCCCGCCACUCCGACGUCUCACCAUUCCGACGCAGCUUUCCAUAUAAGGGGGGGGGGGGCACAUUCAAAUCUGGAGUCCGUCAUUUAAUCCUGGGCGUAGUUGGGUCCGCCCCGCACCAAACCUGCGCAGAGGGCCGACCAUAGCAGACAAGAGCUGUCGGAAUGACGGGGCGUUUGAUAGCAUGGUAACAUACCGGCACUCCAACAAUUAGAGACGGAAUGGCCGGAUGUUGGAAUGGCGGUUGCCCCCCAUAGACCGUGUAUCAGCUUUACCUUUUACGUUGAUGGAAGAGGGUCCGACAAGAUUUGAUGCACUCGUUAAAGACUCAAAACAAGUUGAAAAUAUCGUUGUGUGAUCUUGUACUCACACAGUGCAAGUAGAAAUCCUCAGUGGCGCAUUGGUAGUGGCGGUGCGCCGCUGCUGAAUGAACGCAGGAGAAACACUGUGGUUUGUUACUGCAUCCAGCAGAGGAAACCACAAAGAGCUAUGGUGGUUCCUGAUCCUGACAAAGAUGUUCUAACGUGGAAACCCACUGAGCAAUUUUGGUCUAGAAGAGGUCUAAUGGACGUCUAAAUGUAGUCUAGACGACUGGUCUAAAAUCAGACCACCACAGGUCUAAAAAUGACAGUUUUUUUAGACGUCUAAAUUUAGACCGAGUUUAGCCUAGCCAGCUAACAGAGGUCUAACAGCCCACUGAGCAAUUUUUGCAUCGUCUAAAUUCUGUCUAAAAGUAAACAGAAUCUAGACGGUUGAAAUUAGGUCUAAAAAAAAACUAGAAGUCUAAUAGCCGUCUAUUGCUCAGUGGGAAUCUAGACGUCUGAUGGAUCAGAAUUUGACAUUCUCUUUAAAAUGAUGUGCAAACCCUAAAAAUCUGUUUUUAUUAACAUUUCACUCGUCUGUUACGUCUCUAUUCUUUUCACAGGUCUGAAGCCUUGAUUGCCCCUGAACCAGUUUUUGGUUUGCGUGUCUCCGUCCUGCUGGCAGAUUGCCACUGUUGCUUUCAGGUGAAGAUCCGGGUAACCUCGACAGUCCAAAUAAGGACUUUCUGCCUGCUGUUGUGGGAAGCUGCUAAAUUGGUGCCAUCUUAUAAUCCUAUCCGGAAAGACCCAAUCUCCACCCUACGCUGGGAUUAAUUUUGAUGAGUCUUAAAUGCUCAAGGAAGUAAAACGAAAAGAAACCUUGAAGAGUUCCUAGAAGGUGAAAUUACGAUGAUAUUGCAAGAGUGAAGCUUGUCAAGAGUUCUCUGUGAGGAUUUGUAGGAGUGAAACCAUCACCAAGCCCUUUGACACACAAAGUUUGUCCCGAUUUGGAGCUAUGCUCUGUCCAUCUCCUUCCUGUUCGCCCCGCCUUACUCCCCGAUCAGUUUUCUCAAUCGGACUGCUGCUUCUGGUCUUCUGGAAACCCUCAGAGAUCAGUUGCCAGAAUGAUACAGAGCCAAUCGUGCUGGAGGGGAAGUGUCUGGUGGUCUGCGAUUCCACCCCCGCAGCUGAGCCAUCGGGGAGUGCUCUGGGGAUGUCGGUGAGAUCGGGGACGGGGAGGGUGGCGUUUUCGGCCAUUCGUAACACCAACCAUGAACCCUCGGAGAUGAGCAACCGCACCAUGACCAUCUACUUUGACCAGGUCAGCCUAGUUCACUUAUAAAACCAAUGAAACUCCUCUUUGUCUUUAUGUGUUGGUUGAUAUGUCAUUAGAUUUGCUGGUAUUUAGCCGUUAACAAAAG